GCUCUAUUUUGCCUUUCGUAUUACAAGUUUCAUGCAUUUCUGUAUAGGGUUUUAACUUUUAUUGGCAGAAAAAUGUGUUUCCACUUGAUAUUGCUAUCUACUGUGCAAAAGUUGUAUGUGUGUGGGUGGAGUAUGUUUUAUUUCUGGACAUUGUUUCUUGUUGGGUUUGGUUUAGUGGGAGUAAUAAUUUUGGCACAGUUUUCUAAGAGCUGGUGAUAUGUGCUUAAUCUGCUUGCUUAUAUGAAAAUGAAAGAAUUUGAUUUGAGCUCUGGGUUGCAUUUUGUUGUGCAUAUCAUGUAUUGGAUGAUAAAUUAAUGUGGUUGUGUUUAAUUUUUUCUUUCCUUGAGGAGACACAAUGUUUUAUGACUUAUGGGAGUGAAAGCUAACAAGCUCCAAAUGUUGCUUAUUUCCGUUGAUUCAUGAUCCUGUGUUUGCAAAUAUGGAUUUUGACAUAGUAGCCUGAAUGGAAUAAUUGCUUCUUCGUAUCCAUUCAGAAACAUGCUACUUGUAACUUAUGUUUAGAUCCUUACUUUAUUAUAGAAAGAAUUCGGGCCAUUUGGUUUUUUGGGAUCCAGUCGUUUCGUCUAGAAGAUAAAAAAGGAAAUUCACUUCACUUAAGUUCCCCUUUGUGCUUGUCUACGUAAAUGAGUUCUUCGAGGUGAGUGUUGCAGAUUUAGAGGAUUGACAGUGUUUCUGUUUAACCUUGUGUCUAUGUAAAUGAGUUCUUUGAGAUGAGUUGUGUUUCUGUUUAACUUUAAUCCUACUAUGCCGGAUUUUCUCCCUCGAAAACCUUGUGUUGGACUUGUGAUUUUCUAGACAUAUCCUCUUCAAUUUCUUUGAGUUAAUGUUGUUUCAUUGAUACUUGAUUCAAUUAUCAGAAUUAGAGUUCUGCUCCUAUUAUUAUUGAUGCAAAUUAGGUCUUGGCUAAUUCUGUGAAUUUGAGCGUACAUGCAACGUUUAAUCGUGGAAGACGAGGCAACGGCAUGACCUAUUGAUAAGAAUAAAUGCAAUGGAUAAAUUGACACGUCGACUUCUUAGUUCUUCUUGUUCUUGGGGAAUGAGUUACCAUGCAGCGGUCUGAACCUAUAGCUUACCUCUUUACAAGACCUGCUAAGAAGGAAAAAAAAGCUAUCACUAGACAACCCAUUACUCCAGCUGAGAUUACUACUCCCACUCCACCCGCUCCUCAAAAUUUUGAACCCAUCUUUUCUCCUAUUCCAGAACCUGUGAAGGUGCCAGAGCCCCUUUCUGUAAAGCAGCAACGCAGUGUUUUUGGAUGGAUGCUGAAAGAGAAAGAGGAUGGUCAAACCUCAAAACCGAGAGGAGAAGAAGAUUAUCAAUGAAGAAAAUGCUCUACUGAAACAGUUCAUACGAGCAGAUUACACCCUGAAGAUCUGAUGUAACGUAAAUGUUUCUUGAUUCAAAAUUUUCUUAGGCUGCUUACCAUCAUUUAUGACGUGACAUAUUUUUUUUGUUACCUUCAAUCUAAUUGAUACUGUUACUUUUUGA